CCCUUCAGUAUUCGCUACAUAACAGUUCGUAUAGUUACAGCAGUUUCUAAGUGAAGCGAUGCGAAGCUGCUGCGAAAUUAUUUGAUUUCUAGACAGACAUUCGCAUGGCAUUAUUGUUUUAUAUCAUAACGUGCAUUUAUAAUCGAUCACCGACAAGCGCACUUAGGCCAAAUACACCGCCAAUGCUAACUGCGUGCGGCUCAACAAAUGCUCUUCGUGAGAAAGUGUGUGGUUGCAUUUAAACUGAACCAAAGACGAUAUCAGACCAGUACAACUUUUUACUGAUUCUGCAAGCGGCGGAAAGUCGAGCAUUUCAAACGAACCAAUGGCGAACAGCGAUUCGGUUUAUUGACGACACGCGCAGCAGUUGCUCUUUGAUACGCAUGCUACUGUGCGAUGGGUUGACGCUGUCGCACUGAUCCACAGACCCACGUUUGUCUGUGACCGAGUUGAGUGACACGAUCCGUUACGUCACUCGGUUAAUCGUUAAUAUCCGAUCACGCCGCGCGCAACGACGUUCGCUGGCGCCGGUUAGAAGCAUCUGGAUCAUUAAAAAGUUCCAGUGUUAGGACGCUGGUCUUGAGUCACUGCUGUCAUGGGGUCUAACGGAGACCUCAACGCAAACUCGGAGUGUCUCGGCAGCACCGGGGAUGUGAUCCUCGACAAAGCCAUCCGUCAGUGGAUUACCUGGGAUAAGAAUCCUCAGACGGGGGGGCAAAUUUUGAGUCUUGUUCGAGAGGGGCGCGUGGCAGAACUGAGGAGGAGGUUGUGCUCCAGGAUGACGUUUGGGACAGCCGGCCUGAGAGCUGCGAUGGGGGCGGGGUUUGCUCGCAUCAAUGACCUGACUGUCAUCCAGUCUACACAGGGGGUGUACAAAUACUUAGGCAAAUAUUUUCCUGACCUGAACGCAAGAGGUCUGGUGGUCGGAUAUGACACUCGUGCCCAAGCAAGCAGUGGAUGCACUAGUGAACGACUUGCGAGGUUGACCGCAGCUGUUAUGCUUUGUAAAGACGUCCCUGUCUAUUUGUUCUCUAAGUAUGUGCCUACCCCGUUUGUGUCAUACGCUGUGAUGAAGUUUGGCGCUGCUGCUGGAAUCAUGAUCACUGCUUCUCAUAACAGAAAAGAAGACAACGGAUACAAGGUUUACUGGCACAACAGUGCACAGAUCUCCUCGCCGCAUGACAAGGAGAUCAUGCGUUGCAUUGAAGAGAGUACUGAACCCUGGCCUGAGUCUUGGAAUGAGGACCUAGUUGAAAGCAGUCCGCUGAGGAGAGACCCACUGGAAGACAUUUGCCGCUGGUACAUGGAAGAGCUAAGCACUGUCUGCUUUCACAGAGAACUUAACGCAAGGUCACCGCUGAAGUUUGUGCAUUCAUCCUUUCAUGGUGUCGGUCACAGUUACGUCCAGAAAGCUUUUCAGCAGUUUGGCUUCCCACCUCCCAUUCCUGUUCCAGAACAGAAAGAUCCAGAUCCAGAUUUUUCUACUGUCAGCUGUCCUAACCCAGAGGAAGGAGAAUCAGUUUUGGAGCUGUCAUUACGUUUGGCUGAAAGAGAGGGGGCCUCCAUUGUUGUGGCCACAGAUCCCGAUGCUGAUCGCUUAGCUGUUGCAGAGCAGAAUGACAAUUACGGUUGGAAAGUGUUCACGGGAAAUGAAUUAGCUGCAUUGCUGGGCUGGUGGGUGUUAUUUAACUGGAAGGAAGCCCACCCAGACCCAUCGGACACAGAGAGAGUAUACAUGUUGGCCACCACUGUUUCUUCCAAGAUAUUGAAGGCCUUUGCACGCAUAGAAGGCUUUCAUUUUGAGGAAACAUUGCCUGGCUUCAAGUGGAUUGGAAACAGAAUCUAUGAGUUAUCAAAAAUGGGAAAGGAGGUCAUUUUUUCAUUUGAAGAAUCCAUAGGGUUUCUAUGUGGUCACAUGGUUCUUGAUAAGGAUGGAGUCAGCACAGCUGCGAUUGUGGCUGAGAUGGCUGCUUAUCUACACACCAAAAAUCUUUCCCUGAGCCAACAGCUGCGCAACAUCUAUGAAAUAUAUGGCUAUCACAUUUCCAGAACCUCCUAUGUCAUGUGCAGUGACCCACCCACUAUUAAUAAAAUAUUUAGCCGUCUGCGAAACUUCGAAGGUCAGGGUGUAUAUCCAGGAGUAUGCGGUGGUUACUGCAUCACACACAUUAGAGAUGUGACUACUGGUUAUGACAGCAGCCAGCCUGACAAAAAAUGUGUCCUUCCAUUGUCAAAAAACAGCCAAAUGGUCACGUUCACAUUUCAGAAUGGCAUUGUUGCUACUCUUAGGACCAGCGGGACUGAGCCAAAGAUCAAGUAUUAUACAGAAUUCUGUGCAUCACCAGGAGAACGAGAUAUCUCCAGCCUGGAAGAGGAAUUAACAAAAGUGACAACAGCUCUAGUCGAAGAGUUUCUGGAGCCUGAUAAAAACAACCUGAUCCGCAGAUCAGUAUAGCUUUAUUUUAGUUAGAGUGGAGUCUUGUUUAAAACCAGUCCCAAAAGUCUCUAAGUGAACCGUCCUGUGAAUGUUGUUUUAUCACUGUGAAAUAAUUUGAAGAAUUAUCACUUGGGCUCACAAACAAAGAACUCCUCUUACAAAAAUAGUUUUUUUUCAUUUUAGUUUUCAUUUGAACAACUGAAUGUGUUUCAGUCAGAGAAUAAACUUUUAUUUCUGUACUGUUUAUCGAUAACAUAGAUUGGCCUUUUUCCUUUGCUUUCACAUUAUUACUAUUGAAGUAAGUUAGUUCACAUUAGACAAACUACCUUGACAAUGCGUCAUGAUUUGACUAUAUGUUGAUUUCUAGUUUACUCAUUUGAUAGUCUGUAUUAGUCCACCUUGUCCACAAUGUUUUUCAGAGACUUUAUUGAUAGAGUUGCUGCUACCUUUUCAAGGUUUAUGAGUCGUGAAUUUCUGCAUACUUAUGAGCUUGUGUAUAUAUGUACAUGUGUGUGUGUUUUUAUGCUGGCACACUUUAUGCAGUGUUUGUAAGCAUUGAUAAUCAGGAGGCGAGCAGGACAGCAUCUGGCGUUGCUGUGGUUGCAAGGUUUAGCAUGAAAGCUGGUGCUGUCAAUGACAAGCCAAAUAUCUUAAAGAACAGAGCCGACAUCUUGUUUAUGAAACCUAUUUUGUUUCUGCUGUGCACAUUUUAGUUUGUUUAACAGAUGUGGGUUGCAUACACAAUGCACUGGAUGCCUGACAUUGCCCUACUCAGUUUAUGAUUCUUGUCAAGCAGUAGCUCCUGUCGUCUUGUUUAAAGCGAUAGUUCACCCAAUAGUGAAAAUUCUGUCAUUUACUCCCCCUCUUGUCAUUUCGAACCUGUAUGACUUUCUUCUGCAGAACACAAAAGAUAUUUUGAAGAAAGUUGGUAACCGAACAGCACAGGCUCUCAUUCACAUCUAUUGUAUGGACACAAAACCAAUGCAAGAGAAUGGGUGCCGGUUAACAACAUUCUUCAAAAUAACUUUGUGUUCUGCUGAAGAAAGAAAGUCAAACAGUUUUGAAAUGACAAGAGGUUGAGUAAAUGAUGAGAGAAUUUUCAUUUUUGGGUGAACUAUCGCUGUCAACAGCAUGUCGGAGAUAACGUGAGCUCAUUGUACUGAACCCACAGAUAAAGGUCAGGAAAAACGUGCGGUCUUUACCCAUUUGGUUGGUCCAAUAGUUAGCAGGAGGUAUGACAAGAAAUAGUCUCACCUUUGUAUAUAAAUUAUAAUGUAUAACCUUUGACAAUGCAAUAAUAAAUCUGCCCCAUAUAUUUAUUUUGUUGCUGUUUGACUAAUAAUGCAUUUCUGACAUCGUUUUGUUUUUACAGUUGUAUGUUGACUUUUCAUAAAUUGGGGAUAUUCUUAAUUUUUAUUAUGUGCCAUUGAAUAGCAAGACUGCAGCUGUACUGUUAUACUGAGUGCACAUGACAAAUAUAAUCUGUGUUUAGUUGAAACAUUAAAAAUCUUUUA